AUCAAUUCAUAUUACCAAAAUGUAUUUAUGCGUAUUUUUGUUCGCAGCUGUCUGUACUUUACAGAUGUUUUUUGUGGAAAAAGCCUCGGCUGGUGUGUCAUUUAGAAGCGGCGAUUCUUCGAAAAGAGGCCCCCGUCACAUCAUCGAUAUACCUAGAGAGCAGAAUCAGGAACCACAGGAAGGAUUAGACUUGCCUGGAAAUUUAGGCGAAGAGGAAGUGCAUCCUAAUCAUCACCUACAUAUAGGAAAUGAACAACCGCAAAACGGUGAAGGCUUACAUUUGCCCGAGAAUUUCGCUGUAGAUGACAUACAUGGAAAUGUGAGAGUAGAUCCACCUCGAAUCGAUGUGAGAGUACCUAAUCAAGAAGCAAGAGGUAAUAAUCAAAGACCUGGAGGUGACGAGGGUUAUGACCUGCCUGGAAAUUUUGCCGUAGGAGACAUACAUAGAGUAGUUAAUGAAGCGGUAUCAGAAUUACCUGGAAAUUCUAAUUAAUAUUUAAUAAAUAUGCAUACAUUACACAAAUAAAUUGAUAUAUAUUUGUAAUGUACUUUUUGGUUGGCUAUGUUCAGUUUUUUAAUUUUUAAUUUUGCUUUUAUGUAAAAAUAUAAUAUAUGCUUCAAAGUUAUAUUACGAUUGCUUGGGUUAUCCAUGACUAAAUUAAAAAAAAAGUUAGACGUUUCAGUUAUUUUUUAUUCUCGUCCACGUGUAAAGUUAACGUUUAUUUUUUCAAAACUCUUACUAUAAAAUAGUUUGAUCUUUUUUGUUUUAAUUCAUUCGUAAUUUUGAAUGAAUGUGCUUUGGUAUAAUAAUUUGCAGAAGAACUACAUUAAUUCUACAAGUA